AUGGAUGCGGCUGCGGUCUCGCGGCUCCAAAAGACAUUGCUGCAGCACCCUCAAGUGGGCCCCAGAUUGAAGGCGCUGGCGCAGCGCGCGGUCCCUGGCAAGGCCAAAUUUGCGGACUUGACCAAGGAGCAGCAGAGGUGGAUCUUCAACGCGCUGAAGAACAAGUCGCUGAAGGAGCACUACCAUUUGGAGGAGGGUUCUGGAAACAUUGUGGUCAAAAGCGCUCUCGGUCUACUGGCUGUGCUGGGCGACGAGCAGGCUGCCGCAAGCUCAGUGGUUGACCAGGCUGUUGUUGCUGCGGAAGCACCGGCGCCAAAGGCGAGCCCAGCUCCAGAGGAGAGCCGGGCGUCGGCGCCCCGGAAGCGCAAAAUGACAGCAAGCACUUCCAGAAAAAAGAGAGCUCAGCCAGCGCUUGGCAAGAGAUGCUCCGCGGCUGCAGACCUUGCCCGGCGGGUGCUACACCACGGUCGGCAGCAGCGAGGCUUGGUGUCAAAGUUGCUGAAGAAGCUUGUGGCGCGGGUCGACACCACCUUCCCCGGCAUGAAGCAAGAACUCCUACGCGACGAGCCCGUUGUUGAUAAUGUCAUCGUGCGGACGCUUGGCAAGCUCAGAGAAGAGGCCACGCAGCGAGGUUUCCAAAGCAUCGCCAUUGCGGACUUGGACUUCGUUAUGUCAAAUGAGAGAACCUGGCCAAGGAGUUUCUUGCAGAAGCACGGCUAUUGCAUUGGCAGACGGGCUUGGAGGACGCUGCAAGGCGAACGUUUCCAAGGUGGCGCCACGGCGGAAAGCCGGCGGCUAUGGGAACGAUCCCGGCAAGGCGGAGCACCUAGCAAGGUGUCUGCAGCGACACUGGCUGUCACGCGUGCAGUGCUUGAGAGGAAUUCCAAACCUGGCAGCAAGGUGGCGAGCGUCCACCAGAAUGCAGAUGGCAGCUUCGGCCGAGCUCGCCCAAGAGGCGACCAAGCUGACGAACGAGUGGUGCCUGGCCAGUCGCUGUUGGCAACUCCAGCCCGCAUGUGGUCUGAGAAUGAGGAAUUGCAAAGCCUGUUCAGCCGCACCAGUUUCUACAAGGUGUUGAAGAAGCACUUUGCAGAUUUUCGCGAAGGCCAUCGCGACACAGAUGUGUGCAGCCAUUGCCAGUGCUAUUGGCGGCACUUGGUCCCACGGUUUCACCAAGACUGGGCAACAGUUCACAAUGACCUCAAGAGUGUGUACCCGAACUAUUUUGACCAUUUCAAUCCCUCGAACUUUGCCGACUGCGGAGAGGAGGCAGACGCCGCGUGCAAGUACAUCAAUUCUCACUGCGCCAGGUACCGCGAGGAGCGAGAGCGCAGCGGAUGCGACCGAUUACAGCUGCACACAUUUACAGAAGCGCCGGCGCUGGUGCUGCUCCGAGGACAUCGGUCUUUGCUGCGCAGCUAUUUGUGGCACAUGUUGUCAGCAAGGCGCCAGCAGGAGUGCUUGAAAAAGUUGAUGACUCCUGAAGGUUUGCCGCUCGAGGACUCGCUCUUGGUGUUUGACUGGCGUGAAAAGAUACGCUUGCCAGUGGGGCCACAAGAGACUGGAGACAUGUGGCACGCCCAGCAGAAGUAUGCAAUCAGCUGCUUCGGGUGCUGUGUUUUUCAGUGGGAACAGCUGCCGGGAGACGAGGCCAAGAUGAGGCAAACCUAUUUGAUGCUGAUCUCAGAAAUCCGUGAGCAAACUGCAGAGGCUUCCAACCUUAUGCUGGAGCAGGUGCUCGCAAUGGCAAAUGUGUCCCGAGCUGGUUGCCUUCAUUUCUUCAGUGACUGUGGCCCUCAUUUUCGGAGCGCGGAGUCAUUGCACCACCGAGUGAUGCAAGUGUGCUUCCAGCGGAAGCAGACCGUGCGAGUCAAUUUCCUUGGCGAACAGCACGGCAAGUCCUUGCUGGACGGCGCUUUUGGGACUACAGGCAUGCACGGGUGGCUUGGACGCUACGCGUUGAAGAAGCCAAUUCAUAGCUUGGACCAUUUGCUCACUGCCUUCAAAGCAGGUGCGGAUGAGGCAAUGGCGUUGGACCCCGAAGGCCCACGGUGGCUUUGCGAGAAGGUUGAUUUCGGCACUCAUCGCGCUUCUGAAGUUGGCUUGUUUGUCUCUACUGGCUUCAAGAUUACACGAACAUAUUGCAUGAUGGCUUUGAAGCCUGCAAGCAGAGCGAAAAAACCAGUGGUGCACAACUUGGUCUUUUCGGACAUCGCAAUACCUGCUGAAGGAGCCAUGUCGUAUCAGAUCCAGAUGCACACCAGAGAAGAGCCCUUGGAGUGGAAGCGCUCGUACCUGGAAGGAGAGAAGACCUGGGAACUUGAGCCGCCGAACCCUGGAGACACCACCCAGCUGUGCCGCAAGCAUGAAAGCCAGAAGGCGCGGCCGCCCCCCGAUGGUCUACGGCCAGUCAAAACUUUUCACGAACGAGUACAGAGCAAGGCGCGCCGGGCAGCCCGCGACAAGGCCCUGGUGGAGGAUAGGAUGCUGAGCCUGGCCUCUGCGGAGGGCAAGCUUGAGGCGGCCGCGCAGCGCCUGGGCAUCGCUUUGCAGCGGGUGCUGCUGGGAAGUCUGGCCAUGCCGGCGCAGGUGGCGGUGGGCUGCUGCCAACUGGAGCUCGGCGCCUUUUCGGAGGCGGCCCGGAGCUUUGGGCGCUGCUGCUGGCUCCUGGAGGCGCUGGCGCCCUUCAACUCUUACCACGCGCGCUGGGCCUUGGACGCCUUCUGCGCGGCGAGCCUUGGCAAGCUGCCGACGGCGGAGAGCUACGGCGCCUACGCGCGGAAGGUGCUGCUGGCCCACUGCGGUUCUGCCCCCGCGGCCGAGCUCAUGGCGCGACGUCGCGGCCUGCAACUGCCCAAGGCCGAGGAAUCCGAAGCCCCGCUGCCGGGGGAGCCCGAGGUGACCUGCGAGCUGCUGGAAGAUGCGGUGGAGCUGUGUCUGAAGGCGACGGAGCCGCUGGAGCUGCGGGCGCUGGAGAUCGCGGUGAGCGGCUGCUUGCUAGACCUCCGAGGCGCCGGCGGCGGUGUGGGCGGACGCCUGCUGUUGCCGCUACCGGCUCACGUAGGGGAGGCCAAAGUGCGACUCGCCAAGGACCGGCGGAGCCUCCGCGCCAAAUUCCCCCGAGAUGAGAAAGGAGAGAAGCGUUGCGUGUCACGCGCGCGUCACUCGGAGGGGUGA